CCCGACCUUAAAACGCUCCCUCUGUUUAUUUCUUUUUCAGCAUAAAAUUUAUUCUCAGUUUAGCUACUGCUUCUUUUUCCCAAAUGGAUCUCCAAGAAGUCAGUGUUGUGGCUCUGGAAAUUGUGUUGGCAAGAGAGAGACAGAAGAAAAGACUUAUGGAAGAAUCACUGAGGACUCGUCAGAUUAAACUUCAGGAGAAGUUGACGGAGCGCUCCAUGCUUAGGAGAAAAUAUCAGGAUAUGCUUGCAAAGGACGUGGCAAAGAAUAAAUUGGUUGAUGAUUUCAUGGAUUUCAUUGGAGCAAUUGAGAACAACGAGAAUGCCCAGAAUUUUGAUGAAAAAGCAAUGAUGAAAAGUAUUGAAGCUAUGAUGAACUGUGAUGGCUUCGACAACGGAGAUUCCGCCGGCAGUCACGGAGAGAUUAAUGAUGCCCGUGCUAACGAUCAGAAUCUUGGUAAGGAAACUAUGAAGGCCGCAGCUGAUGGAACCAACGGUGAUGAAGGCAGCAAGGCUGAUGAUGGGCCCCAUUAAUAUACGAACUACUUUAUAUCUUCAAUUUAAUGUCCUGUUGUGUUCCGGAAUAAUUGAUUAAAUUUAUACAUUAAUUUAGAUAUAAUUUUAUUGCAAGUGUUGCUACCUCAGUUAGUGAGUGAUGGUAUUGGAGUUGAUUUUAAGGUUGAA